AUGUCAAAUCUUCAGAGCAAUUUCAAUCAGAAGAUCGAUUAUGUGUUCAAGGUAGUCUUGAUUGGCGACUCUGCGGUUGGAAAAUCUCAGCUUCUCGCUAGAUUCUCUAGGAACGAGUUCAGUAUCGAAUCCAAGGCAACGAUCGGCGUCGAGUUCCAGACGAGGACACUUACAAUCGAUAAAAAAACUGUCAAAGCUCAGAUAUGGGACACUGCUGGUCAAGAACGGUACCGAGCGGUGACGAGUGCGUACUACAGAGGUGCAGUAGGUGCAAUGCUUGUUUACGACAUAACAAAACGACAGUCUUUUGAUCAUGUUGCGAGGUGGUUAGAAGAGCUGAGAGGGCACGCGGACAAAAACAUUGUGAUUAUGCUCAUAGGUAACAAGACUGAUCUCGGCACGCUUCGAGCUGUGCCAAUCGAGGAUGCCAAAGAGUUUGCUCAAAGAGAGAACCUCUUCUUCAUGGAGACAUCAGCACUGGAUUCGAUCAAUGUCGAGCUAUCUUUUCUCACGGUUCUGACUGAAAUCUACCGAAUAGUGAGCAAAAAGAAUCUUGUUGCCAAUGAGGAGGGAGAAUCUGGAGGGGACUCUUCACUCCUUCAAGGAACCAAGAUCGUUGUUCCUGGAGAAGAGACUGAAACUAAAGGAAAGGGUUGUUGUGGAACAUCAUAG